AUGGCACAGCCCACCUCGGACUCCGAGGCUGCGGUGUCGGAAUCCACCCUCAGCCAAGACACAAGCAAGUCCCUGUACCCACCGGCAGUGGACAACCCCUUCACGCAGCAGACACACAUCAGCGUGUGGCGCUGGGCCUACAUCGUCCUCAUGGGGGCUGUGCUGGUGCCGGUGCGCAUGCCCUGCAUCGCCAUCCUCUUCAUCUUCCUCUGGCCGGUGGCUGCGCUUUCCACCAUAGGUCGUCGUGCUCGACCAACCAAGCCCGCCAGGAGUUGGAGAAGAAGACUGGUGCAGCCAACUCUCAAGUUCUUGUUUCAGGUGACUUUUUUUUCAGCAGGGUUCCUGGUUAAAGGGAAAGGGAAAAAGGCAACCCGAGACGAGGCCCACAUCUUCGUUGCAGCACCGCACUCCAGUUUCUUUGAUGCAGUCGCCUGUGUCGUGGCAGGGUUCCCCUCGGUGGUCUCCGCGAGUCAAAACGUGCGUAUCUCUGUCGCUGGGAAAUUCUUACUGUCAACGCAGCCGGUGCUUGAGACCUGAGAUUACCCCAAUUCGUGGAAGAAUACCCGGGAGGAAAUCCUGAGGCCAGUGACAUCUCAUAGGAAGUGGCCACAGAUCCUGAUUUUCCUGGAAGGAGUGUGUACCAACCGCAGCUGUCUGGUCACCUUUAAACUAGGGGCCUUCUCUCCAGGUGCUGUGCAGCCAGUGCUGCUCAGGUACCCAAACACCCUGGACACCGUGACCUGGACCUGGCAGGGGUUUACAGGCUUCCAGACCUGUAUAUUGACCCUGAGUCAACUCUUCACUAGGGUAGAAGUUGAGUUUAUGCCCGUUUAUAUCCCAAAUGACCGAGAAAAAAAAGACCCCGUCCUUUUUGCCAAUACAGUGAGGAUCAUCAUGGCCAAUGCUCUUGGGGCGCCUGUGACAGACCACACUUAUGAAGAUUGCAGACUGAUGAUUUCUGCAGGUAACCUUCGACUACCCAUGGAAGCCGGUUUGGUUGAAUUUACGAAAAUUAGCCAGAAAUUAAAGUUAGAUUGGGAUAAUAUUCAUCAGUGUUUGGAUGAAUAUGCUGCAAUUGCAGCUGCCUCAAAAGGAGGGAAGAGGGCUUCCCUGAUAGGAAUUACAGAGUUGGCGAAUUAUUUGAAACUCCCAAUUUCAGAGCCCUUGAGACAACUUUUUGCCCUCUUUGACAGGAAUAAUGAUGGCAGCAUAGACUUCAGAGAGUAUGUGAUAGGUCUGACUGUCCUAUGCAAUCCUGCCAACACUGAAAAGAUUCUGCACAUGUCAUUUAAGCUUUUUGAUCUUGAUAAUGAUGGUUUCAUAACCGAACAGGAGUUAGCUGCUAUACUUCAGGCAGCUUUUGGAGUGACAAAUCUUGAUGUUUCCAGACUCUUUCGGGAGAUAGCUGGACAGAAAUCAGAGUACAUUUCAUACAGGACCUUUAAGAACUUUGCCCUGAAGCAUCCAGAAUAUGCCAAGUUAUUUAGUUCAUACUUAGACCUCCAGGCAGCCUAUAUAUAUUCAUUACCACCACAAGUACAGUGCUGCGCGGAGCGCCUGCUGGCGGAGUUAAAACAGAGCUACUACGCCUGCGCACAUCCUCCCGGGUCACGUGCCGGCGCUGGCCGGGUCUCCGAGAUUCUCCGGGACCGAGGUUCGGCAGCCAUAAGGGACCGUCAACAAACAGACGAGAGGCGUCAGCAUUUUCCUUUAGGGGGCGGAUUCGGGUAG